CCGACUGUCGAUCAAGCCUCCGCAUUGACCAUGAAUGAAGUGGGGAACAGUGUCUGCGGCAGCACAGGUACAAACAGGGCUAAUUUAACAAAUCAUUUAACGAAACAGCACACGAGACCCGCGGGCUACGUACACAGAUAUACGUGUAUGCUAUAAAACGGAAAGAGGACCCCGUAUGGACAUACACGGUCGACAUCUUGGCGCGAAAACCGGACAACGCAGCGGGCAAUUGAAAGCGAAAUCGGGAAAUAUACUUACGCAACGGCUGGAGGUUAGUGAUUUUCGAAUUUGUGGGGUGACGCUCGAGUUAUUUGGAUUUGAGUAACUUGUGGAUAACGCCUACAAUAAGAAAUAUGCGCAUCCUACUAUCCGCCAUACUGCUGGCGGUAAUCACACUAACCAGCCAGGAGUCCCUGCUGGAGGGCAUGAUCCGACUGAUCCAGGAAGGAGAGAGGCAGUUCGUCACGGAACCAGCGGACAUUCCAGAGGACAGGAUGCUGAAACAGUACGACUUCAUCGUCGUAGGUUCUGGUACCGCAGGAUGUGUGGUCGCCAAUAGGCUCAGCGAAAAUCCAGAUUGGAAUGUGCUGCUUGUUGAAGCAGGUCGCACGGAGAACUACAUCAUGGAUGUCCCGAUCAUGGCCAACUUCUUGCAAUUUACAGAGUCCAACUGGGCAUACAAAACGGAGCCCAGCGACAAAUUCUGCGUAGGCAUGGAUGGUCAACAGUGCAACUGGCCUAGAGGAAAAGUGGUCGGCGGCUCCAGUGUGCUCAAUUACAUGAUCUACACUAGGGGCAAUCGUAGGGAUUACGACAAUUGGGCUAAGAUGGGAAAUACGGGAUGGUCUUACGAAGAAGUUCUACCGUACUUCAGGAAGAUAGAAAACUUCUCUAUACCCGAAUUCCAGAACUCCAGGUAUCACAGCACUUCCGGAUACCUGCAAGUUGGGUAUGCUCCGCAUCAGACCCCAAUCGCAGAAGCCAUCGUUAAUUCUAGCAUACAAGCCGGGCUUCCUUACGUAGAUUACAAUGGACCAACCCAGACGGGGGUGUCCAGGCUGCAAGUCACCCUGAGGGAUGGAGUCCGCGACAGCGCCAGUCGUGCUUACCUCCAUCCCAUCAGAGACAGGCCCAACUUGCACAUGAAGAAAUACUCCAUGGUGAAAAAAAUCUUAAUCGACCCGAGCACUAAAGUCGCGUACGGAGUGGAAUUCGUUAGAAACGGUAAGAUGUACAGGGUGAAAGCGAAAAAAGAAGUUAUCUUAUCUGCUGGUGCGAUCAACUCUCCACAGCUGUUGAUGCUGAGCGGAGUCGGACCACAGAAACAUCUCAAAUCAGUAGGCAUCCCCGUUCUCAGCAACAUUAAAGUUGGUUACAACCUCAUGGACCACAUAGCAGUUGGAGGACUUACGUUCAUAAUAAACCAACCUUUCUCUUUGAGGACAGAGAAAAUCAUAAACAAGGAGAACCUGGACAUGUACUUCAACCAUCACAAAGGACCGCUGUCUAUACCAGGAGGAUGUGAAGUCCUUGUCUUCCAUGACUUCAAAGACCCACAAAAUCCUGACGGCUAUCCGGAUAUAGAACUGCUCUACCAAGGAGGAUCUCUUGUUUCCGAACCCACACUGAAGAAAGAUUUUGGUAUACUUGAUGGUAUCUACGACAAGGUUUACAAGAUGGUUGAAGACGCAGAAACGUUCAUGGUCCUGCCCAUGUUGAUGAGACCAAAAAGUAAAGGCAAACUGCUACUGAGAGACUCCAACUACAAAUCCAAGCCGAAGAUAUUCCCUAACUAUUUCGCGUAUAAGGAAGACAUGGAGACUAUGAUAAAAGGAAUCAACUUGGCACUGAACAUAUCUGCACAGCCGGCUUUGCAAGCAUUAGGUGCCAAGCUCCACAGUAAACCGAUCCCGCAAUGCUCGAAUCACACCUUCGGCAGCGACGCCUACUUCGAGUGCAUGGCCAGGUACUUCACGUUCACCAUCUACCAUCAGAGCGGCACCUGCAAAAUGGGGCCGAAAUCCGACAAGAAGGCCGUCGUAGACCCCCGUCUCAGAGUAUACGGCAUCCAGAGGCUCAGAGUCAUCGACGCAUCGAUCAUUCCUGAGAUACCAGCUGCCCAUACCAAUGCUCCCGUGUACAUGAUCGCCGAGAAGGGAGCUGAUAUGAUCAAGCAUGACUGGGGAUAUCAUACGCAUACGUAACGGGAACAGGAACGUUGUAUACCUGUGAUAUUACUAUUUAAGUGUACAGACCUAUUGUGUAAAACGAUUAUUUAAUAAGUAUUUAUGGAAUUUAACUUAAUAAAUAAAGAAUGCGUCCUUCAGUAUAUGUACAUAAAUUAUCCUAAAGAGCGUUAGCAUGAAGCUCUUUCAUUUGAUACAUACAGUAAUGGACAAAAUUAUAUAGACAAAUAUGAAUAUUUACCUAAAUACCUUUAGAAAACGAAUUCAUACUUCAUUGCUCCAUAAACAAAUGCGUUAUUAGUAGAAAAACUAAAUUCCUUGAUUUUACAUUAUCUGCAAUGAUCACAAUACAAGUCUGAAAUAAGCACUUUUUUAGGAGGGACAAAAAUAUGUAGACAAAUUCUUUUCAACAUUAGUUUAGUACAGUUUCAUGUCAGAAGAGGAUUAGUUUGUGUUCACCAAGUAUUGUGGAAUAAGUUCAGUGAUUUUAAGACCAUGCCGCGUGGUCCAGAAAUUUUUUUCGAUGUGAAAACUAAGAUCAUUGAGUUAUACAACGAUGGUCAACGUCAAGUCGACAUUGCCAAAAAUUUGAAGCUGGAGCGUAAAGCAGUUUGGGCAAUAUUGAACAAAUAUAAACAAAAAGGUAUGUUGGAAGCCUCUAAGAGAAGUGGUUGGCCUAGAAAACUAAAUGCUAGAUCAGUUAGAUUAAUAAAAGUAAUUUCGUCCAAAGAUCCGUUUAAAACCCCAAGACAAAUAAAAACCGAAAUCGAGACAAAAGGAAUUGUCAGUGCUUCUACGAAAACUAUAAGUAGAAUGCCCACUGUCAAACAUGGAGGCGGGUCUGUUAUGGUUUGGAGGUGCUUUUCGGGGUUUGGAAAGGGACCUUUACAUAGAAUAGAUGGCAUUAUGGAUAAGUUUGUAUACACAGACAUACUAAAACUAAAGCAUGUCAUGUUACCCUAUAUGGAAGACAAUAUGCCCUUAGGAUUAAUCUUCCUGCAAGAUAAUGACCCGAAGCACACUUCAAAUCUCGCAAAGAAAUUCUUUCUGGAUGAAAAAAUACCAGUUCUCAAAUGGCCUUCACAGUCUCCCGAUAUAAACCCCAUUGAAAAUCUAUGGGAAUACUUAGAUAAGCAAAUACAAGAUAAAAAUUAUUCAAACACAGAUGAACUUUUUGCCGCUUUAGAGCAAAAGUGGAGACAGAUUGAUGAAUCUUAUAUCAAGAAACUUCUACAAUCUAUGCCGAGACGAUGCCAGGCGGUGAUUGAUAAUAAUGGUUAUGCCACAAAAUAUCAACACAAACAUGGUUGGUUUUCUAUAAUUC